CACCAUCACUGAUGGACCCUUUGAAAUCUAUAAAAAGAUUUCAGGGUCUUCUUCUUCCAUCGUUGUAUUUCCCAAGACAAGCUUCUCACUUGCACACGAGCGAAGGAUUCUCUUUGCGAUCCAAUUCCAGACGAAUUUAGAGAGUGGGUUUGAUGGCUUUGAAGGAAAGGAAUGGGAAAGGAGUAGUUCCAGGGAAGAAGCAGCGAAGGUCGUGGAAAAAGGAGCUUGAGAAAAGGGAGAAGAAAGUGAAAUGCAUGAAAGCAGAGAUGGGAAAGCUGAAGGCUGAGGGAAGAAAGGCAAAGAAGGAGCUGAGGGACAAAAAAAGGGAACUUGCAGUAAUUAAGGAAGAGCACAGGCUUGCGGCUGAGGACAACGCCGGUAUCCAACUUUGCUUCGAUGUUAUGCUUAUUAUGCUUAUUCUGCUGGCUGAAGAUACCGAUCUUGUUGCAGCCGCAGAUAACCUUUUCCACUCUUUCCUGGAUCUGAUAGCGUAGUGGAUGCACAUUCUGCUGAUUGGGGAGUAGGGGUUUAAAUCAGUGACAACUUUGGUCUGUGACAAUGAAUAUUUAUGGCGUUUUAUUUGCUUAUUGUGCCAGUAUUGUGUUUGUGUCGGCCCAGCGUUUAUAGUUAAUCGGUUGAAAUUCUGUAUUUGUACUUGAUCAUUCAGCACUUGCUAUAUAUGGUGCAUGUCGUCCGCCUCCCGUUGAGUAA